GCACCCAAUCUUCAUCUUGGAUGCUGUCUAUAAAUCGGGAACGAGCAUAUCCAGAGCAGAAAUUGCGACUAUUUUGGAUUUAUAAAAAGUUUUGAAAAUGAAACAUUUGGCCCGAGGGCCGAGGCCCUGUGUCUCCCUGUCUUGUUGCCUGGAUAACAAGUCGACAAGUCGUCACACAAGGCAGCGCCCCAGUUCAUCGCCACCCACCAGCAGGGUCAUCCGCAUCCGCGCCAGCAACCGCAGCACCAGUCCAAGUCACUUGAGCAACAACUCCUCCUCCGCCGGCUGCACGUUCCUAGGCACUACUGGUAGUACUUUGGGCCGCCCGCGCAGUGCGGCCGCCCGAUCGUUUGCGUCUGCAUGGAGUCAAUGAGACGUAACGAGGCGAACACUAGCCACCACCCGAAUAAGGUGGCCCUGAAUAGCAGCAACGUAGCAACGGAAAGCAAUAUUAAGAAUAAUAAGUUGUUAGCUAAUUUAAGUGCGGCAGGAGCAGCUACAGCUACAACGGCAACAACAACAACAGGAACGGCAGCAGCAACAACAACGACGGCGAAUCAAGCGCUGAAUUUCAAUAACAAAACGAAGGCAACAACAACAACUGCGGCAGCGAAUAAUCAGAAGAGCAACCACAAUAACAACAACAACAACAACUCUAGUGCGAUCAAGAAGCACACAAAUACAAAACUAGCUGGUAAGAGCCCCGCUUGCAACUCUUCCUCCUCGUCGCUCUCCUCGUCGAGCAGCUCCAACUCGAGCGAGUCGAAGGACACGAACUUCGAGUACGAGGACGAGUGGAACAUUGGCGGCAUACCAGAGCUGCUGGACGACUUGGACGCGGACAUCGAGAAGUCGGCGGCGCAUUCUUCGGGUGGUGGCAACCAGGCUACCGCGCUAAAUGCCAAGCAGGCAUCCAGCUCCUCCACAUCCUCCUCAUCAUCCUCCAAGGGCGGCGCUUCAUCCUCGUCAUCCUCAGCAGCAGCGGCGGGAUCAGGAUCAUCAGGAUCAUCAGGAUCAUCGUCGCACAAAUCGCACAAGACGACAUUGCACAGCAAUUUGUCAGCCACUUCGCCAACCACAAUUAAGUUCACACGCCAGCCGGUGGCCAGUGGCGGAGCUAACUCCACCACCUCAUCCUCGUCAGCAACUGCGACGCCCAGUGGCGGCAGUGCGAACGUGGUGGCCAAGGGAUCAUCCUCUUCAUCGUCCUCCACAUCCUCCUCUUCCUCGGGAAAGCAUCACCAUCAUCACCACCACCACUCGAACUCGAGCAGCGGCGGUAGUGGCAGCAGCAGUUCCAAGGGCUACAAGUCCGCUUUGGUGGCUCAACUGAACAGUCCGAGUCCACUGAACAGCAGCUCCAAAUCCCUGAGUGGAUCGGGGAGUGGAAGCGGUAACGCAAACGGAUCAGCGGGAGCUGGAGCCGGCAGCACAUUGUCAUCGUCGACAUUUGCCGGUUUCUCCAAGGGCGGCAGCUUAGUGUCAUCGUCCUCCUCCUCCUCCUCCUCCUCAUCAUCCUCUUCGUCAUCUUCAUCCUCGUCGGCGGCGGCAGCAGGAGUAGCCACAGCGGCUGGCAACGGACAGCAGGGCUCCAAAUUCUCCGCUGGCGGCAUGUCCUCGCAAACGGGCAGCGGCAGCGGCGGCAACAACAAUAGCAACAGCAACAACAACAGCAGCAGCGGGACCGGAAGCGGAGGCAGCGGCUCGGGCAGCAGCAGCGGCGGCGGCACAGGGAACAGCGGAAGCGGUAGCGGGAGCAACAACAACAACACAAGCGCCGGUGGGCCGCCGAGUUCGCAAGGCGGCAGCAACAGCGGAAGCGGUAGCGGUAGCGGUAACAGCUCCUCCAGUGGCAAAUCGAGCGCAAAAAUGUCCAUAGAUCACCAGGCGACGCUCGACAAAGGACUCAAAAUGAAGAUCAAGCGCACCAAGCCGGGCACAAAAAGCUCGGAGGCCAAACACGAGAUUGUGAAGGCCACCGACCAGCAGCAGAACGGCGCCCUGGGCGCCGGUUCAAAUAGCUCGGCGGCCAACGAGGAUGGGAGUUCCGGCUCCGGUUCUAGUUCCACCAACGCUUCUUCGCUGGGAGGCAACAAUUCGUCGAGCAGCGCAAGCAGCGGCAGCUCCUCCAGCAGCGGCAGUUCGUCGGGCAGCAGCAAGAAGCACCUGAACAACGCCAGUGCCGGGAGUGGCUCCUCCUCGUCCGGUGGCGGGGGCCAAAACAAUGCCGGUGGCCAUGCCAGCGGAGGGGGAUCCUCCGGCGGCAGUCAAUCCACGCCGCAAGGCACAAAGCGCGGCAGUUCGGGUCAUCGACGCGAGAAGACCAAGGACAAGAACGCACAUUCCAAUCGCAUGUCCGUGGACAAGUCAGCGGCGGCUGCCUCGGCGGCCGGUGAAAAGGAUACGCCGGAGAAGAGUUCUGGAGCGGGAGCGGGAGCAGGUGGUUCGCCGUGCUCGUGCAAUGGCGAAGUGGGUGCUCCCUGCUCCCAUCACGCCUGCAUCCGACGAGCCGCCCACAUGUCCAACUCCGGCGGCAGCUCGAAUUCGAGUGGCAGCACUGGACAAGCCGGUGGAUCCGCCUCCAUGUCGGCAGUGCCACCAGGUGUGUUCACUCCCUCGGCGGGCUCACCUUCGGGCGGUUCGCCAUCGACAGUGGUGCCUGCGGCUGCCUCCCUACUGGCGGCCACCGGAGCAACCUCCUCCUCCGCCACCCAACUGGCCAGCAGUAGUGCCGGCGGUGUGGGCGGUUCGGGAGGCGGUGCCAAUGCACCGGGACCGCCGGGAAAGGACUCCGUUGGCAGCAUUAAAAUCUCCUCGCACAUUGCCGCCCAACUGGCUGCGGCCGCCGCCUCCAACAGUUACAGCGGGAGUGGCGCCAACUCGAAUCAGGGCCAGAACAGCACUUCCGGCGGCGGCGUCGGCAGCACGGAUAGCAAGACGGCGCAGGCCAAGCUUAUGGCACCCGGCAUGAUCUCAGCCACCAUGCACCACACGAUCUCGGUGCCGGCGGGCAGCGCAGGAACCGGAGAUGAGGACACAAAAUCGCCGCCCGCCAAGAGGGCCAAGCAUGAGGCUGGCGCUGGCGGCGGAGCAGGCGGCGGCGGCAAGGAGAUGGUGGACAUCUGCAUCGGCACCUCGGUGGGCACCAUCACCGAACCGGACUGCCUGGGUCCGUGCGAACCGGGCACCUCCGUCACCCUCGAGGGGAUCGUGUGGCACGAGACCGAGGGCGGCGUUCUAGUGGUCAACGUCACGUGGCGGGGCAAGACCUACGUGGGCACCCUGCUCGACUGCACCCGACACGAUUGGGCUCCUCCAAGAUUCUGUGAUUCACCAACUGAAGAAUUAGAUUCUCGAACUCCAAAGGGACGCGGCAAGCGCGGACGCAGUGCAGGUCUAACCCCCGACCUGAGUAACUUCACCGAGACCAGAAGUUCGAUUUACUUCUCACAUGCCCAGGUGCACUCAAAGCUGCGCAAUGGUGCCACCAAGGGACGCGGGGCGACGCGCAGUGCCUCUGGCAAUGCGGCGGCGAACAGCAACAGCAACAGUUCGUCGGGCAAUGGAGGCGGUGCCACGCCCAGCACAUCACCGACAGCGUUUUUGCCGCCGCGUCCGGAGAAGCGCAAGUCAAAGGAUGAGGCGCCUUCACCGCUCAACGGUGAAGCGGCGGACGGCGGUGCGUCUGGCGGCGGCGGCGGCGUCGGAGGAGCUGGUGGAGUGAGCAUGGUGAACGCCAGCGGCAUUCCCAUCUCGGCCAGCGGCGGUGGCCUGGCCACGCAGCCGCAGAGCCUGCUCAAUCCGGUCACUGGCCUCAACGUGCAGAUCAGCACCAAGAAAUGUAAGACUGCCUCGCCCUGCGCGAUCUCCCCGGUGCUGCUCGAGUGUCCCGAACAGGACUGCAGCAAGAAGUACAAGCACGCCAAUGGGCUGCGCUAUCACCAGUCGCAUGCCCAUGGAGCGGGUGGUGGUGCCAGUUCCAUGGACGAGGAUUCAAUGCAGGCGCCAGAGGAGCCGGCCACGCCGCCCUCGCCGGGCGUGGCAAGUGGAGCGGGAUCUGGAACCACUGCCGCAUCGACAGCCAGCCAGCCAGUCUCGGCGGCAGCGCCAUCGACGGGUCAGGGAACCGUGGCAGUGCCCCCCAACACGCCAACCGCCAAUUCCAGCAAUCCCGUCACCAAUGGCAGUGCUACACCCACGACAUCAUCCACUGGUUCGGCAUCAAUGGCCGCCUCCAGCACCACCAUCACCCCCUCGGUGGCAGAGACGCCAUCUGCAGCGUCUAUUUCUGCACCCACACCAGCCACGCCACCAGCUCCAACAACUUCCAUCUGUGCAGUGGCAGCGCCGGGAGCAGAGCAAUCUGCAGUAUCUGUUAUGCCGCUGGGCAAUCUUCCACUGACAGCAGGCCCCAAUGCUGCAACACAGCAGCAGCAACAGCAGCAGCCAAACACACAGCAGCAACAGCAGCAGCAGCAGCAGCAAUUGCUCACACCGGGAGGCAGUGCGGCAACAAGUAACCAUCAGCAACAACCGGUGGCCGGAGGCAGCAUCACGGCUGGCAUCUCUGGACAGGCUCUGUCGCAGCACCAGCAGCAGUUGAUGGGCGGAUUGCCGGCCAUGUUGUCGGACCAACAGCAGCAGGCUUUGCUGCAGCAGGGAGCAAUUAAAGCGGGUGUCCUGCGCUUUGGGCCACCGGAUGGCAAUCCCCUGCAGCAACAGCAACCGGGUCAGCCGCCAAUCAAUCCGCAGACACAACAGUCGCCUCCCAGGCCGCCCAGUCAUAUCCAGGAUGCGCAGCAGACGCCAUCGGCCUACGCCCAACAGGCAGGCUUGAAGACCUCACCCGGUUUCGGUUCAGCCGUUGGCGUAAGUGCCGCUGGCAGCAAGCAAAAGAAGAACCGCAAGUCACCCGGACCUGGUGACUUUGAGGGUCGUGUUUCGCGCGAGGAUGUGCAGAGUCCGGCCUACAGUGAUAUCUCCGAUGACUCAACGCCAGUGGCCGAGCAGGAGCUGCUGGACAAGUCGGUCGGUCAGGUGGCGGCAGCGGCAGCAGCGGCGGCGGCCGCCAAGCACAUCGAGUUGAUGGGCAAGAAGCCCCAGGAAGUGGGCGUAGGCGUGGGCGUGGGCGUGGGAGUACCACCAGCCCCGGCUCCCAACAUGUAUGUGCCGGGAAUGUAUCAGUUCUAUCCGGCCCAGCCGCAGGCACCGCCUCCACCGCAGCAGCAACAGCAGCAGCAGCAGCAGCAACAACCGCAGUACAUGGUGCAGUCGGAGCCGGGAAAGCCGCCAGGACUGCCACCAGCGUUGACCCAAUCUCAGCAGCAGCAGCAACAGCAACAGAUGCAGCCGGGUGCACCUCCGCCUACCUCUCAGCCGCCCAGUCAUUUGCUGGGUCCACCUGGACCCGCCCACCUGGCGGACUACAGUGGCAAGAACAAGGAUCCGCCGCUGGAUCUGAUGACCAAACCGCAGCCACAGCCGGGCCAGCAGCAACAGCAGCAGCAGUCGCAACAGCAGCAACAGGGUCAGCAGUCGGGACCGGAAAACAAUGGCAAGGAGAUCGUUGGACCGCCCACGUCGCAGCCGGGAUCUCAGCCGCCGCCGGUGAACUUGAGUGCGGUGACUGGACCGCCACCAGGAGGUCUGCCACCCGGUCUCGGUGGCCUCUCCGCACUGGGAGCAGCCGGUUUGGGUGGACCUGGUCCCGGCAAGGGCAUGCCCCACUUCUAUCCCUUCAACUUUAUACCGCCUGCGUAUCCGUACAACGUGGACCCCAACUUUGGGUCAGUUUCGAUAGUGGCCUCUGAGGAGGCUGCCAAAUUGGGAGGACACCCCGGACUGCCGCCCAGUUCGCAGGCGCCACAGCUGUCGGGGAUUAGUAUCAAGGAGGAGCGCCUCAAGGAGAGUCCCAGUCCGCAUGACCAGCCCAAGCACUUGCCACCACAGCAGCAGAUGCUUGCCAACAAGCUGAUCAAGCAGGAGCCGAUGACCAAGCAGGAAAUCAAGCAGGAACCCAACUCGAAUCCGGGUCAGCAGCAUCCGCCGCCAACGCAGCAACAACAGCCGGCGCCACAGCAGCAGCAGCAACAGCAGCAGCAGCCGCCACCGCCGCAGCCACAGCAGCCGCAUGCCCUGCAUCCCAAGGAUCUGCAGGCACUGGGCGCCUAUCCCGCCAUCUAUCAGCGCCACUCCAUGAGUCUGGCGGCCGCGCAGCAGGCGCGCGACGAGGAGCUGAGACGUUACUAUAUGUUCACGGGGCGACAAAAUCAGGCAGCAGCUGCUGCAGCUGCGGCAGCUCAGAAUGCAGCCAGUGCCGGGCUUCAACCUCAUCCUGGCAUGAUGCACAAGGAUGAGCCCGGCAUGGGAUCGGCGCAGCAGCAACAGCAGCAGCAGCAACAGCAGCAACAGAUGCAAAUGGCUCAGCAGCAACAGCAGGCGAUUCAGCAGCAUCAUCAGCACCUCCAACAGCAACACCAACAGCAGCAACAGCAACAACAUCAACAGCAGCAGCAGCAGCAACAACAACAACAGCAACAACAACAACAACAGCAGCAGCAAAAGCUUAAGCAGUCGCAGGCGGCAAAUGCGGCGGCCAACAACAAGGCCACCAAUCUGACAAAGGAUUCGCCCAAACAAAAGGGCGCUGAUGACGAUCAGCCGCUGAAGGUGAAACAAGAGGGCCAGAAGCCGACCAUGGAGACGCAAGGACCGCCACCGCCACCCACGUCGCAGUACUUCCUCCAUCCGUCGUAUAUUUCGCCGACGCCCUUUGGCUUUGAUCCCAAUCAUCCGAUGUACCGCAACGUGUUGAUGUCGGCCGCCGGACCGUACAACACGGCACCGUAUCACCUGCCCAUCCCGCGCUACCAUGCCCCCGAAGAUCUGUCGCGCAACACCGGCACCAAGGCGCUGGAUGCACUGCAUCAUGCGGCCAGCCAGUACUACACCACCCACAAGAUCCAUGAGCUCAGCGAACGUGCCCUCAAGUCGCCCACCAGCGGCAGCGGCCCCGUCAAGGUGAGCGUCAGCAGUCCCAGCCUCGGGCCGCCCCAGCAGGGUGGCGGACCCACGAGCAGUGGCCCCGGUUCCGGACCCGUUGCCGGAGUCCUCGGCCCCGGCAGCGGUCCCAACCAGCAGCCCGGCUCGGCACCUGGGUCUGCGGGCGGUGUGCCGCUGAACCUACAGCCACCACCCGGAGGAAUGGGCCCGGCGCCCGGCACCAAGCCGGAUCUCUCCGGUCCCAAAGGACAUGGCGGUGUGCCGCCCGGGUCGUCAUUGGACGGCCACAAACAGUCGAUGGCCGGCGGUCCGCCGCCGUCCAAUGGGCCACCAGGCAACGGAGCCGUGGGCGGAGGCGUUGGAGUGGGCGGCGCUGCGGGCAAUGGCGCGGCGGGAGGCGGCGGUGCAGGUGCCGCCGACUCGCGUAGUCCACCGCCGCAGCGUCAUGUUCACACCCACCAUCAUACGCACGUCGGCCUCGGCUAUCCCAUGUACCCGGCGCCAUACGGAGCGGCUGUUUUGGCUAGCCAGCAGGCGGCUGCUGUAGCUGUGAUAAACCCGUUUCCGCCGGGUCCGUCGAAAUGAGAUCCACUGAACGGCAGCAACGAGAAGAAGGCGUAUAACGUGAAGAACAAUUAGUGCGGUGCGAUGCCCGCCCAGAGUGCAUUUCCGAGAUCACCCAGAGUGGACAGAGUGGGGAGUUCCCCCCCCCAUUGGAUUCCAAGCACUUCCCGUCGAAACCUGACGCAGUCUUGGCUGCCUCUAAAAGAGAGUCCCUUUCGGUGCUGAUGCAUCGGUGUUUUGUUUUGGGGAACCGAGAGGAAUCGAGCAGAAUCGACUAUUUAUAUGCAUAAGUAUUUUGUAUUUGAUGUUUCGUUCAACGUGGUUAACUAUAAACUAGCCUAAGGUAUCACUACUAUUACCACAUACAACCUAUACAUAUAUAAAUAUAUAUAGCAUAACUACA